AUGGAUAUGUUAAGCAUCACUUCAUCGUCAUCGCCUACUUCGAACCACGAUAUUGGUCAAGAUAUAACGAUCUUUACAGAUGCAUUUACAUCGAAGUCAUGUUAUAAAAAAAUUAGGUACAAUAAAGAUAAUGAUAAUUAUUUACGUUGGUUACUCUUUUAUUGUGGUGAACAAAUUCAAUCUACUUUUAAUCAAUUAGAUUUUAUCGAUUGCGACAAUAUACCAAUCGAUUUGAUAACAUUAAUGAAAACAACGAAAAUUGAUCGGGAACAAGAGCCCAACGACGACGACGACGAAUAG